CUGUUGGGUGCCUGUGGGCUGCCACGCUGCUUAGCGAUUGCUCAAGGAAUGGUAAAAUUUUCAAGCCACCGAGGUCACUCUGCUCUGGACUGACUUCAUUCGAUGCUACUACAUCAUCAUAUCCUCCGCGUUUCCUCGUACUCGUUACCUUGCAUCCACGAACCAUAUCCGCAUAUGCUACCCUAUCCUUGCCUCUCCUUGGCCACUGACGGCUGUGCCCCUCUUCGAUAUCCUUGAAUCCCUCUCUAAAGCCCCUCACCAUCUCCAUCAUAUAGGCCUCGGGGCCACAGCAGCAAAGCUGGCGUCCCGUCAGUCCUCUCAUAGCAAUAACACACUGCGCCAGGACACUGCCUGGCAGAGUUUCCUCAGUUGGAUUCCUGGAACGGGACAAUACCGAACGAGAGUCAAGCUGUCGUCCAAAUCGCGCAUUCCCCUCCUUUACCUUGCCUCCGGCCUGGUCCUACUGUUACUUCUUGGUGUUCAAUUCUUCACAUCACGCGACGUCCGCCCACGCCCUCUACAAAAGCCUCCUCCUCGUUCUGGAAAUACUCUCAGUCCCUUUGGUGAAAGUGUGUACAGACAAGAGGCGUACUUUGAACAACUAGAACCUGGCACACAGUGCAAGCCAAAAUCCUUGUUCUCUGCUGAACUGCCGGUUACACACGCCUUGACAAACAUGGCUCUCGAGGCCGAGACCAAGCGUAUGGUCGCGCAGUUUGAGUAUACCGCCGAAGAUGUGAACAAGGGCGUCAAGGAGUUCAUUCGGGAGAUGGAGGAAGGCCUCGAGAAAGAGGGCGCUACGUUGAGCCAGAUCCCGACCUAUGUUACCUCAGUGCCCAAUGGCACAGAAAAGGGUGUCUAUCUGGCGGUCGAUCUAGGUGGAACCAACUUUCGAGUAUGUUCGAUCACACUGCACGGAAAUCAAUCGUUCUCGUUACAGCAGUCGAAAGUGGCGGUGCCUCGAUCGCUGAUGGAAGCCAAAUCCGCCCACGACCUCUUCCAUUUCCUUGCCAAACAAAUAGAAGCGUUCCUCAAAGCACAUCAUGAAAAUCACUUCGAGAAGCAUCGAAACGACCCUGUGGAAGAAGAGUUCUUUGACCUCGGUUUUACAUUUAGCUUCCCCGUCAACCAAAUAGGCAUAAACAAGGGGAAGCUCAUGCGGUGGACCAAAGGAUUCGACAUUCCUGAAGCUAUUGGCAUGGACGUUUGCGAACUCCUACAAAAAGAGAUAGACGCCUUGAAGCUGCCGGUCCGAGUCGCAGCGCUGGUCAAUGAUACGGUGGGAACGUUGAUGGCUAGAUCAUACACGUCUCCAGGCAAGACAAAGACCUUGAUCGGUGCUAUCUUCGGUACGGGCACGAACGGCGCAUACGUCGAGAAACUCGAAAGGGUCAAGAAAAUGAAGGCUAUUGACGAAGCUGGAGGCGGCGCUAAUUACGACAAAUCUACCGGCCUCAUGGUCAUCAAUUCAGAAUGGGGCAGCUUUGACAAUGGGCUGAGAGUGCUGCCUAACACUCCAUUCGACGUUGACCUGGAUCGGGAGUCCGUGAACCCAGGCAUUCAGAUGUUCGAGAAGCGGGUCUCAGGCAUGUUCUUGGGUGAGAUUCUGAGACGGGCACUAUUGAGCCUACAUCAACAUCCCGAUGCGCGCAUUGCACUUUUCAAGGACAAGACCUCGCAUGACAAUGAUAUUAGAAGUACAACCACCGUCGGUGAAGACAGUGCCUUGUUUAAGCAAUGGGGCAUCGACACCUCAUUCUUGUCGAUCGUGGAAGAAGACCAAUCCGACCAUCUGCGCAUCACCAAGCAAACUUUAGAGCGAGAGCUCAAGAUUGAGGCAGCGUCUACCGAGGAUUGUGUAGCUGUCAAGAUGCUCGUACAUGCGAUCGGGAAGCGAGCAGCCAGACUGAGCGCAGUUGCUCUUGCUGGCGUGAUCAUCUCAACCAACAAACUCCAAGAAGACGAAAUUGUCGAUGUUGGUGUGGAUGGCAGCUUGGUGGAGUACUAUCCGGGCUUCGAGGAGUAUAUCCGCGAAGCCUUUAGAGAAAUUGAGGGCCUUGGUGAAGAUGAGAAGCGCAUAAGAAUUGGUUUGGCAAAGGAUGGAAGUGGUUUAGGAGCUGCUCUCAUUGCCUUGGUGGCUCACGACUCUGCUGUACCAUUGUAGUAGCGUCUUUAUUGACGAACGACGACGAUAAAUGUAUUUGCAUCACUAGCAGGACUUCAGGCAAAACAACAAAACAUUUUUAACGUGCUCAUCGAGCGGUA